GAAGAUGAUGAGGACAUCAUCUGUUUCGAUGGGGCAGAGGCCUAUGCAGCCUUUCACUGUCAUAAACAAAGCAUUCAGGAGCUCAAUCUAGGAGUCAAGACAAAUAUAUUCACAGCUUACAAAAAGGUAGAUAGGAAAGUUAGACCAGUACCCGGAGUCUUCCCAGAAGAAGCUAAGGUCACAAGGAACUUUCCAGAAGACCCCCUAGAUUCACUAGUCCCAUUACCCACUACACCACCAGAAUUUAUACCUAAUGGCAGACUUACUAAAGAAAGGCUUGAAGAAAUCAACUUCAAUGCUGAUAAGUUUCUAUGGCCUGAAGAGGAAAAGCUCUUUACCCAUAUACUACAG